CCGCUGUUGUUCUCGCGCCCGCGCGCGCAGGCCGCGUAAUCUUCCUCGCUCUGCCGCCCGUAUGUCGUCGCUUUAAUUGCGGCUACUCAGCAAUAGGGCAAAACUCGGCGACUGUGUGCGAUGCUCGGGCCGGAAAGAGAGUCGGGCGCGUAGUAUCGAGUGGGGCGGCAGACGCGACACGCACCCCGCGGCGGCGGCGGCGAGAAGCGGGCGCGAGCGCCAAUCACUGACCUAGACCCGGGUGACGUCACCGGCGCGCUCCCCUCGCGGCACUACGGCAGCGGCAGCGGCGGGCAGUCGGCGGUCGCCGGGGGAUGUGUUGUGAGGUGUUGCGCGUCGGAGGCGACGUCGGCGGUGUGUGCGGCAGCGUCGACACAGCCGUGGGCGGCGUGGCAGGCGGCGGCAGCAGCCGAGACCCGCACAGGGGAGGAGGCGGGUCCCGCCCCCAGGCGCCGCAGCCCCUCGCCGGCCUGCACAGUAAGUCGCGUGCGCCGCCCCUAUGUGGCCACGUAGCCGCUGAGGCCGCCCCCGAGGACUCCGCCGCCGCCAGCGCCUCCGCCCCCAGCGCCGCCCCCGCCAUGGGGCCCAGCAGCUGCAGCUCCGGCAGCGCCGGCGCCGGCGACGCCAGCCCGCUCACCACCAGCAGCAACAACAACAACAACAACGACGGCGAGAGCAGCAACAAGAACCCGCUGGAGGCGGGCGGCCCCGUGCAGGGCUUCUACCGCGACGCGUGCGUGCUGGUGACGGGCGCCACCGGCUUCGUGGGCAAGGCGCUGGUCGAGAAGCUGCUGCGCUGCUGCCCCGACAUCGCCACCGUCUUCCUGCUCAUCCGGCCCAAGCGCGGCCUCGACGUCGACUCUCGCCACCACGAGCUGCUCAAGCACCCGGUGUUCGAGCGCGUGCGCCAGGAGUGCCCGUCGGCGUUCCAGAAGGUGGUGAGCGUGGGCGGCGACGUGACGGAGCCGCAGCUGGGGCUGAGCGCGGCCGACCGCCAGCGCCUCGCCGCCUGCGUCAACGUCGUCUUCCACUCGGCCGCCACCGUCCGCUUCAACGAGAAGCUCAAGGCCGCCGUCACGCUCAACACCCUGGGCACGCAGCGCGUCAUCGAGCUGUGCCGCGAGAUGCGCCAGCUGCAGGCAUUCGUGCACGUGUCGACGGCAUACUCAAAUGCGGACCGGCGGGAGGUGCGCGAGGUGGUGUACCGGCCGCCGGCGGACCCGGCGCGCGUCAUCCAGUGCUGCGAUGCGCUCAGCGACGACGCACUCGACGUCGUGUCGCAGUACCUGCAGGGCCGCCACCCCAACACCUACACGCUGACCAAGGCCAUGGCCGAGUGGGUCGUCGCAGAGCAGGCGGGCGAGAUACCCGCAGCCAUCGUCCGGCCGUCCAUCGUUACAGCAGCUUGGCGUGAACCUUUCCCUGGAUGGGUUGACAAUGUCUGUGGCAUCACAGGAAUCAUGAUGGAGAUAGGACGCGGCACCAUUCGCAGCAUCAUAUGUGACCAGACACUUAUCAUGGACCUGAUACCUGUCGACUACGUCGUCAACACAUUGAUUGCUGUCGCUUGGCACACAGCGACAUACAGACCCAACACAGUCAGAGUCUACAACUGCACAUCAGGAAUGAGGAACCCUGUCCAGUGGGCUGAGUUUGGAAGGCUGACACAGAAACACGCCUGCACAUCACCUACACGACACGUUAUGUGGUACCCUGGAUUUACCUUCAGAACAAACAGGCUGAUGCACAAGAUAUGUGAGGCACUUUUCCAUAUUGUGCCUGCCUUUGUUGUCGACAUGGUUCUGCGACUACAAGGAGCCAAACCAAUCAUGAUGAAGAUUUCGAAGCGAUUUCAAAUGGCUGCUAAGACUGGUGAAUUUUUUGCCCUGCACGAGUGGAAAUUUCAUAGUGAUAAUUUGAUGGCAUUAAUGGAAGACGCCCAGGACAAAGCAUUAUUUGAUGUGGACAUUUCUGAGCUAGAUUGGGACCAAUAUGUCAGACAAUAUAUGCUAGGAAUACGGAAAUUUAUCCUGAAAGAUUCUGCAGACACUAUACCUGGAGCACGGCGAAAACUUCAGAAGUUGUACUGGGCUCAUCGCAUUACUCAGGUGCUAACUUUUGUGUUUCUGCUGAAGAUUGUUAAACUGAGGUGAUUGUAAGGCACUUUACAAGUUAUCAGUGACAAUGAAUAAUCCUGGUUGUUACUUGGAAAGUUUGCAAAACUUGUCUACAAGGAACACUGCAUAUUUUGUCUUUUUCGGAUGAUGUUCCAGGACAUGUAAUACGGAGGAAAAUUCUGUUAAACUAGAAUGUGAGUGAAGGAUAUGCACAUUCAAAGAAGGCCAGUUGCAUUUCUGACAGGAAAUUGUCGUGGAAUUCUGAAUUCUCUGGUUGUUUUGCUAAAAUAUAUUUUAAAUGCUCUGGUUAUCAGACCAGUUUUGUAUGAAAUAGAAACAAAAUUCUAGGCCAAUCACUCUCAGUGAAAUAAGAAAAUUGUGGUUUUUAUUCUCAUUUAUUAUGCUGCAAAGUGUAUUUUUGCACAGGGAGGAUUCCUCAGUAUGUCAACAUCAAAAAUCAGAAUGUGACAGCCCAACCCUCAGUUUUCAACAAACAGUGUGUCUGUAAGAGCUGUGCCCUUCCAGAGGUAGUCAUUGGAAAAUUUAAAAAAAAAUCUUUUGAAGAUUAAAUAGGAUGUACUGUCUAAAAAGUGCUUAGUUUUAUUUUGUGUUACUCUAUAAAUCUGUGUGUGCUUCUUUUAAGUUUAUACAUUUUGUCUUACAAUGUGUACUGAAAAUAUAAAAUAAAAGUUGUAUAAACAUUUAUUCUAUUGGAGAGGAAUAUUAUCAUGAAUGAGCAUUUCUGAUAAUUCUUAUUGUAACAUUAUGUGUUUUGGGAGAACAGCAGGUGAGAUGGACACAGCAAGAAAUAAGGAAAUAAAGCUGUCAUUGUUCAAAUCCGUCCCAGGCUUUAUCAUAAAUGGGAAAUGGUGGAAUGCAGGUUUUUGUCGUACAGUGAACUCCAGUAGCAUGUAUUUUGUGCAUAUACACUUCAUUCAAACCUGUAAUUAAGCCUAUAUAACCUGUACUGCUUGAAGUUUUCUUUGGCAUAAUUAAUAUGACAUCCAAGAUGCAGUAAAAUAACUGUGAUGUGUUCACUGUUAUUUUGAUUUUCUAAGUUCCUCACUCUUUUUCCAUACUUAUUUUUCUGUAUAUUGACAUAUCACUUUUGUAAGUACUUAAAUGUUACAAUUAUGAUUAAUGCUCAGAGUGUAUGAAGUUCAGUAACUGAUACUAUAAUGGUGAGAAACUCUUUUGCGUUGAGUGUAUUAAAUUUUUCUAAAAAGCAGUCAGUAUAACACAACAAAAGUUGAUUGACUCAUGAUAAUUACUGCUUAUCCACAAAUAAUCCAUCUCUGUUACAUUUUCAUGUUAUUUUUGCCUCAUGAUUUGUCAGAAUGGUGAUCUUAUGUGUCAGGAAAAAGCAGACACUUUCUGUACAACUGUACAGGCCAGUGCUGGUUGAUAUUUGUGGUUUGGUGAAAUAAAUACUGUAGUUAUGCAGGUAGUUAUAAAUGCAUUUUUAGCAUUCAGGGUGAAAUAGUUAGGAGCUGUAGAAUGAGCAUCCUUUCACUUCACUUUCAGGAGCUGAAGCCUGUAGUAUGACAAUGAAAAAAAAAUCAUAAAACUGCAUGCAGGUGGAUUUUCAAUAUCCCACCUGUUACAAGUUUGCUAUGUAAGCGAUCAAGAAAAGUUUUACAGUGUAUAUUGCUGACUGGAUAGGCCAUUAGACUAUUUUCUUCCUUGUAUUUGCAGAAUUUUCUGGUGAAAAUUUAUAUUUUUAGUAAUGACAGUAAGAUGAACAUGACACUGGCACAGGAGGUUUCAGUAAAUACAAUGACUGACAUGUGGAAAGUCCCACACAAAAGGACCUAUGUGUGUCCUAGUGCCUCUUCAUUAAAUAAGUCUCUUUGAAGCUUAUAUAAAAUGAUGUACAGUAUAUAACUUUCAGUUAUUUAUAAUUCUUCAAUAAUUGGUAUAUUUGAAAUGUGAUGUGCCUUUCUCCUAUAUGCUCUUUCAUGUAUGCACAUUUAGCUGUUGUUAUGAAAAAUUUUCUCUAAUUGUUGAGAUAGUAAGCUGUUGACAACUAAUUGUUUCUGUACAAUAUUUGAAAAUAUAUUUCCAUUGGCAAAGAUUACUGUUCCAUACAUGGUUAUUAAGCUAUAUCUUACACUUGUAAUAACUUUUAAAUUUCUGAUUUGUUGUCAUGGACCGUAUUCAGUUACCGUGAGCUGUAUGGAAAAUAGUGUGCAGUCAGUCUUUCAAGUUCUGUAUGAUAUUUGACCAUUAAUAUUUGUUACCUCCAUUUUCAACGUAAUAAAAAAUUUUAUAUGCCUUUUUAGUAAGAUCUGUAUAAUGUAAAAUUAGUAUAUUUUUACAUUAGAUGAGCAACAUUACAGCGAAGAAAGAAUAUUCAUUUUUUUAUUAAAACCAAAUGCUAUGGCAUAUUUGACAUAUAAUUAAAUUUUAUUUGGUAAUUUUUUAAUUUCAUAAAUAGAAUUGGAUCAAUGUUUAGUUCUUUCUUCAGAAGUCAGUGGCUACUUAAUUAAUCACCAGAAUAAAAUAUUAUAUGUUCUCCAGGAUUGUUGAGCACCUUAUUGAUGCAAUAACAUGCAUAAAGCAAAAUUUCGUUUCACACUGAGAAUGAUACUGAUUGAAAUAUUACAUGUGCUGUAUUGUAAGUGAUCUGGCCAGAAAGUGAUAUAAUAGAACAUGUCCAUAUUCUCACAGAGUGUAUAAUUCUGUCUCAAAAAAGUGAAGAAAUUGUUGACUGGUAAUUCACCACUGCACAAAAAUACAAAUAUUUCAUUUUUAUGGCGCUAUGAAGUGUGUGUCUAUUGCCAACAGAAAUUUUCUGCAUAUUUAAAUAUUUAACCCAUUCACUUUUAAAGCAGUUUUUGACCAAUAAGUGUUUAUAAGGGUCUGCUAAGAGGUAAUAAAAGUAUCUUUAGUGUACACAUUUGAGUGGACAAUGUACAUUUACUCAUUAUCUUGAUCAGGCAUUGCAGUUGUGCUGUGGUCACUAAGAAUGUUAAUAUUUAUGAUGACAUAUGUUCUUCAGAGAAAGUUUGAAAAUCUUACUGCUGUUUAUAUUUUACUGUUCUAACGUGGAAGACUGCAGAUGAACACAUGGCGUCUGUGUGUGUGUGUGUGUGUGUGUGUGUGUGUGUGAGAGAGAGAGAGAGAGAGAGAGAGAGAGAGAGAGAGAGAGAGAGAGGGGGGGGGAUUGAAAGGACUAAUAGGUCUUCUAGUCAAUGAAGGUAUGAACAUAGAAAUUUGUCAGUGUGUUUUCCAGUAAUGCUCACUUGUGAAAUAUUACUAAUUUUUGUAAGUGGUGCCAUCACACACAGAGCAGUAUAAGUGAAAACUGUGUGUCACAUAAAAGAACAAAAGCAAUUUUGUUAAUAAUUCACUUAAAAUGCCUGCAUUGUUUGGAGAACACAUCAACACAUACACUUCAUAAUUUUGUUCAUUCCAUAAACAGUUAAGUGUUCAAAAAACUAUUCUGUGCAAUUUAUUUCAAUAGUUCAUUGUAAAUGUCUCUGAAACUUGUAUUUUGACAAAGCAAACACAAAAUUUAAGCAUGGGAGGUACAUAAAAAUAUAAGCAUGGGAAAGUGGUAUCAGUGUAGAUUCUGAACACAUUCAGUAUGUAAAUAUUUGCCAGUUAGACUGAAAAAUGUGUAAAGUUUAGCCUAUUUAAAGUUAUCUUUUAUUGGUUUAUUACAAACAACACACACACACACACACACACACACACACACACACACACGAACUGUCAUGCUGUAUAGCAAGAAGUGGAAGAGUCUAAUCUUUCACUAGAAUCUCACUUUCUUAUGUACAUAUCCCAAUUUUAACUUAUGCUUACUAUAUAAUUUAUUUUAACAUUACUAAUGAGUGAGUCCUGAGAACAGAAACUACUGGAACCACCUAUACAAAGUGAAACUGAUUAUUUACAAGGGAGAGUAUAAGUUAUGUUAUCAGAAUUGCUUGUAGGAAUUUUUAAACUUUGAUCACAAUUUCCUAAAACAGAGACGUGAUCAUCCAAGUAUUUCAGUAUUUUUGAAGUGUCAUGUUAAUACUACAAUUAAAAAGUGAAUAAGGCCUUCUUACACCAUGUAACAAUAGAACAUUAAAUUGCAAAAUAUACUCAGUUUACUUCUGUAUGAGCAUACAGAAAUUUGUGCAGUAUUAUGAAUGAGCAAGUCGUUUAUGAAAAAAAGAGAAACUGUUAUUUUAAUAACAUACAGGAGUAGAAUGAUACAAUGAUUAUUUUACUGUAAAUUUCUUGUAAUUAAAUAUGUAAAACAAAUGUUGCUAGCUACAAAACUGCAUUAAAAUUUUCUUUCAGUAUUUCAUUAAGCAUAAAUAUUUUUAUGACCAUGUAAAAGAAAAACAGAAAAAAGAAAAGCAACUUCAUGGCUUUAAUGCAAAUAUCUUCUGCAGAAGUAUUGUGUAUUCUAUAAUACAGUUACAGCAAAGGAACAGUAUAAAGUGAAUUUUAUGCUUGAAACCAAGGUAAAUUUACAACAUAUUUUUGCUUUGCUGCUUCUCAGUAUAUAAAAGCAAUUUUCUCUGUGAUGAAUGGUUCUGUGUAUUUUAGUUUUUAUUUUGACAGUGUAAAAUUAACCAUAUGUACUAAAAAUUCCAAACAAAAAAUUCACAAUGA